CAAAAAUAAAAAAAUAUGCUUCUCUGCCGCAUAUCAUAGCAACGCAUUUUAUUAAUUUUAAUUUUAUUUUUCCGUUUAAUCGAUAAAACAAUUUGCAUUUAGUUUUUAUCUAACAAAUCAAUCACACAGAAAAAAUGAAUAAACCACAAAUCAUUGAACACAUUGCUCAUUCUUUAAAUUAUACAAUUUUCGAUGUCAAAUGGAUUCCAUGUUCGGCAAAAUUUGUUGUUAUUGGCUCCAAGCCAAAUGGAACUGGAAUUCUUGAAAUAUUUGAAUUGAAUGAAACCGAUGUGGAUCUAAUUAAAACAAUUGAAAAGAAGACAUCAUUUAAAUGUGGCUCAUUUGGUGCAUCAAGUCUCAGGAAUCGUCAUUUAGCUGUUGGCGACUUCAGUGGACGACUUCAAGUGUUAGAUUUGGAAAGGCCAGAAGUUCCAGUGUACAAUGUGGAAGCUCACAAAAGCAUCAUCAAUUCAUUGGAUGCCAUUGGUGGCAAACAAGUUGAUUGUGGAGCUCCUGAAAUCGUUACAGGAAGUCGAGAUGGGUCGGUGAAAGUAUGGGAUAUUCGUCAAGGUAGUGCCCCGGUUAUUGAUAUGACUCCAGAUCCUUCAGAAGGUGACGGAACACCACAAACCCGUGAUUGCUGGGCUGUGGCUUUUGGGGAUUCAUAUAACAAUGAAGACCGCAUUGUAGCAGCUGGCUACGAUAAUGGAGAUUUGAAGCUCUUCGAUUUAAGAGCUUUAGCUGUUCGCUGGGAAACAACCGAAAAGAAUGGAAUAGUUUCAAUUGAAUUUGAUAGAAAAGACAUCCCAAUGAAUAAAAUGGUUUUGACCACCCUCGAGGGUGGUUUGAUUGUCUACGAUAUGCGCACUCAACACAAAGAUAAGGGAUUUGCUUGCGUUUCAGAGAAAAACGCAGGCAGAUCAGUUGGAUCGAAUGGUAUUAUUAGUGGACCAAAGUCGACUGUUUGGAGUGUCAAGCAUUUACCACAGAAUCGAGAUGUAUUUCUUACUUGUGGAGGCACUGGAUCGAUUCGUCUGUGGGAAUAUGAGUAUCCUGAUAAACGUCGUAAAGACGCUGGAGAUGGACAUGAUAUGGGUGUAGCUGGGAAUAUUGGAAUGCUUAAUGCUACAACCAUAUCCAGUCAACCAGUACAUUGUUUUGAUUGGAAUCCGGAUAAGAUUGGACUGGCUGUUUGUGGAUCUUUUGAUCAGACUGUGCGGGUAUUGGUUACUACCAAAAUGAAUUUGCUUUAAUUGUUUGAAAUUUGUUUUCUCCUUAAUUUUUUUGUUUAGAAUCUGAAAUAUAUUUAUUUUAUGUAAUGAA